AUGCCCAAUGAAGAUUAUUCGGCUAUAGAGAACGGUACAAUCAACGACCACGACCACGAACAUGAUGAUGUCGAUGAUGAUUUGAUGAAACCUAAGAAAACUAGAUCCACCAUCAUCAGGUAUUUUGCACUUAGUGCUCAUAUGAUAUUAGUCGUAUUGAUAUUUCUGAUAACGUUCAUAUUGACGACGAAUUUCGUCUUGAUGAUUAUACAUGGAUUUUCAGGUUUAUUAAUGAUCAUUUAUGUGCCUGCUGCCAUUGGAUUAACUGCUAGAUCGAGAAAAACAAAAUGGGAUAGAGCAUGGGGUGAAAUUACUUAUCUGUCGUUUCAAGCUCUGGCUUGUCUGAUAAGCGCGAUAAUGGCGGGAGUAUUAGGAGGACCAGAAUAUUGUUCGCUUCUAUCGUACGAAUUAGGAAAAUCAGCAUCCACCUACUCAUCUAAAUCGUUCAUGUCAAUUCAGAGACAAUGCAGUACCAUGACAGCCGUCAUUGCCUUAUCGUCAAUCCACUGCUUCGCUAUAUUGGUCUGGAUUUGGUGGAUUAGAAAAGUUGUAACUAGAUUAUCAUUGAAUAAAUCUUCUUUGACACGGAAUAAUGAAAAAAAAUUGUGGAAAUGGUCUUUAGGUGAAUUAAUGAGAAGAGAUAUCAAAUUAAAUCAAAAUACCAACAGGAAUAAAAAUAAAAAUAAAAGUGGGAGUGAUGAAGAGAAUAUUACACCUUUUAUCGUUAAUCAAGAUCGACGUCCACAACAACAACAACAACAACAACAACAACAACAACAACAACAACAACAACAACAACAACAACAACAACAACAACAACAACAACAACAACAACGACAACAACAACAACAGAUGACAGAAAUACAGACACAGCCCCGUACAACACGACCAGAGAUACAAAUCGAACCUGAAAGGGAUGUUGGGCCUUAUAUUCCUCCACCACCUUAUCAACACAAUUACACUCAAUCAUCUUCCGCAGGGGAAGAUUCUCCAUCUUCCACUUCGCCAUUCCAGUCUACUUCUCCACAGAGUACCACUAAUACCAACACUAGUACCUAUACUCCUACUUCGCCAGUAUCAGACGGUACUAUUCCUAGCACGUCGACGAAAGAUCAUACCAGAAGAACAACGUUGAGAAGAGCUAUGGAUGAGAAAGAGGAUAGUAAAGCAGUCCUUGAAAGGGCCUUGAGGCUGUGA